AUGCGAAGCACUGACUGCGAAAGAGACAAUGGCCAUACUGGCACAAAGGACUCCGUCGAUUUCGUUGCAUCACCCUCUCACUGCUUCAUGUCCGUUUCCUUCUUGCAUUGCUACACAGGCCUAGCUCUGGGCCAUAUGAUGGGCUUAUUGAUGUGUAUGGAGAUUCAGGCUCAUUUUGCUUAUGCGGCGAGGUUGUCGCAGACGUAUGUCUUUAGCCGUUUAGCAACACUCGGUGCCAAUUUCGCGCGAGAGGGAAACGUCAAGUCAUGGAGCUUGGCUAAUAUAUGGCGAUACAAGUUAAGAGGCAUCGCGCCGUGCAAGCUCUGA